AUAGUCUUAUAAAAGACAACACGAAUCUCCUCCUUCACAAUAAUAAUCUUUGGCACAAACACCAACACUAACACAGUAACACAAACACAAACACAUGUAUCCCUAAUCUUCUCCAUACUCCCCACAAUCCUUGUUACAAAAUUGAAAGAAAUUAUUGUUACAUAUGUUAGGGAAGAGAAAAGACCAAUUAUGAUCGGAAAGUUGUCGGAGUUGUUAGUCGCCGGAGGCCGCGCCACCGCAGUUUUGGACACCAUAGGGAGUCCAAGAAGCCCUUUGGACAUGAACUUGAAGAUGCAAUCAUCAUCACCAAAGGGCUUAAAGAGCUAUGACCUUGGUGGUGUUGGCCUAGCAAUUGUGGUGGCACUUGACAAAUCCAAUUAUAACAAAGAAGGUAGUGAGAUUUUGCCAAAACAUGCCGUUUCUGUUUGUACUACACCAAACAACAUGAACCGGUACCGGUCUAGGCCAAUCCCGGUUCAUAACGAAAAACAACACCAAGAUCAUCAUGAGACUGAUGUUCCAAACUCCGAAGAUUACACAUAUGUGACGUAUCAUAUACCUAAUAACAAGACCAUCACUAAGGUUUACUAUGAUGGCGGUGAAGAAGGUGCGAAUCUAAGACAUGGUUACAGGAUUAUUAACAACAACAACAACAACUACUUUGGCGUUGGUAGAACAACAACAACCACCACCACCACCCCACCAACACAAAAUUUGGUUGUUGAAGGUGAAGCGUCGUUUCCCACAUCGGAUUUUCUCAGUUCAUGUCACCUUUGCAGAAAGAAACUCCAUGGCAAAGACAUAUACAUGUACAGAGGAGAGAAAGGAUUUUGUAGCCCAGAGUGCCGUUCAAGGCAGAUAAUGAUUGAUGAGAGGAAAGAGCUUUGUAGAUCAGAAGCUUCAAGAUCUGUGGAACUCUCAAGUUCACCAUACAAGGGACCAAAUGUUUUCAACUGGGAUUAUUGCCCUUUAACCUUAGGACUAUAUAUAUUUAUGAGAAUUUAAACACCUUGGUUGUAAUAAUAAAUUGUAACCAAAAGGAAAAUUUUGAUCGGAAUAAGAAUAGUUAUAGAGAUUUCUAAUA